AUGGUGGGUACAAAACAACAUUUCUCUAAUUCUAAUACUAAACCUAAAGGUAACGAUAAGAAAUAUGCUCAUACAGUGGUGAGUCAAAUCCAACUCUGUAUCUUAAGAAAGUUGCCUGCAAGUGGUGAACACCGAGAUUGGAUAAUCAUCUGGUCUUUUUCUGAAUUCUGUCUAAGAGCUCCAGUUGUUAUGGCUAAUCGAGGUCGUGGUCGACGUGGCCCUGAUGUUGAAAGACCAAACCGUGAGCGGGAUCAUCGUGAUAUUGAGAAUGAAGCAUUACGCAGGGCAGUGCAACAGCUUCAACAGCAAUUGGCGCACCUCCAAACUGAGAGACAAGAGGCAUUAAAUCAGGAAUCCGAGGAAGAAGAUUCAUAUGGCGAUGAAGAAGAGGAAUUUGAAGGUAGAACGCAGCCAGGUGAAUUUAUUGAUUGGUUGCAUACAGUGGAGAGAAUCUUUGAGUACAAGGAUGUGCCUGAAGACCGCAAGGUGAAGAUUGUAGCGAUUAAGUUGAAGAAGCACGCGUCAAUUUGGUGGGAACAUCUUAAGAAACAGUGGCCACGUGAAGGGAAGAGUCGCAUUGUGACAUGGAAGAAGAUGCGAAAAGCCCUCAAGAAGAAAUUUCUUCCAGAUAAUUACAGGCAGGAUUCUUUCCUUAAGUUUCAUAAUUUUAAGCAGAAUGAAUUAUCUGUUGAUGACUACACAACUGAAUUUGAAUAUCUGAUGUUGCAGUGUGAGAUUGAGGAACCUGAAGAACAAACUAUAGCCCGUUAUCUUGGUGGAUUACGUACCGAAAUUUGUGAUGUGGUUCAGCUACAGCCCUACUGGACUUUCAAUAAUGUUUGUAAACUUGCAGCUAAGGUUGAAAAACAGCUAAUGGAGUGUCGUAAGGGAGCCUUUCAUUCCUUGAAUCGUGACACCGAUUCUAAUCGGGGGAACACAGGUCCGUUUAGGAGCAAUCCCAUAAAACCAGGUUCGUCAAAAGGUAACCUGAAGCCAGAAACGUCCAGUACUCAACCUGGCCGUCUCAAUCCUCCUGUUGGUCGUCAAUGUUUCAAAUGUCAAGGUGUAGGACAUAUUGCAUCAGAUUGUCCUAAUCGUAAAAUUGUUGCCUUUGUGGAAGAGGACGAGGGUGAGGAAGAAUUGGGCGAUCCAACAUAUGACGAGGAAGUAGAAGAAGAAGUAAUCUAUGCUGAUCAUGGAGAAUCUCUGGUGGUCUACAGGAGUUUGAGUGCAGCACAUGUAGAAGAUGACGACUGGUUUCGCAAUAAUAUUUUCCACACGAAAUGUACAUCCCAUGGCAAGGUCUGUGAUGUAAUUGUUGAUGGGGGGAGCUAUGAGAAUGUUAUUGCAACAUCAAUGGUGGAGAAAUUGAAACUCAAAACGGAAGAUCAUCCCCAACCAUACAAACUCUCCUUGCUUCGCAAGGGAAAUGAGGUAAAGGUUCACAAGCAUUGUCUAGUUCAAUUUUCUAUUGGUACUAAAUACUCCGAUGAAUUAUAUUGUGAUGUUAUACCUAUGGAUGCUUGUCACUUAUUACUCGGUCACCCAUGGCAAUAUGAUAGAAAAGCAAUGCAUGAUGGAUUUAAGAAUACAUAUUCAUUUGUAAAAGAUGGGGUGAAGAUUGUGUUAGGUCCUACAAAAAUCGAAAAAGUUUCUCAAACAUCGAGAGUGGAGAGCAAUAAUUUUUUGAGAAGAGCUGAGGAAAGAAAGAAUAUAGAGGAGGCGUGUGAGGCUUAUGUCCUUGUUGUGUUGGAAGAAAAUGAAGAGCAUACCGAGUUGCCUCCAAUCAUGGGUAAUUUACUCCACGAAUUUUUCGAUGUUAUACCUGAUGAGAUACCACUCGGACUACCACCAAUGAGGGACAUACAACAUUGCAUUGAUUUUAUACGUGGUACUAGUCUUCCAAAUAAGGCUGCUUAUAGAAUGAAUCCGAAGGAGCAGGAAGAAUUACAGAGGCAAGUUGAUGAUUUACUAGCAAAAGGGUUCGUGAAAGAAAAUAUGAGUCCUUGUGCUAUCCCAGCACUUCUUGUACCGAAAAGGGAUGGUUUCUGGCGUAUGUGCAUCGACAGCAGGGCGGUAAACAAGAUUACGAUCAAGUAUCGGUUUCCAAUUCCACGGCUUGAUGACUUACUUGAUCAACUACAUGGUGCUUCUAUAUUUUCAAAGGUUGAUCUCAGGAGCGGUUAUCAUCAGAUCAGAAUGCGGCCUGGGGAUGAGUGGAAAACGGCUUUCAAGACUCGGGAUGGAUUGUAUGAGUGGAUCGUUAUGCCUUUUGGGUUAUCAAAUGCCCCAAGUACCUUUAUGCGCUAUAUGAAUCAUAAAUUUAAAGCUUUUAUUGGUCUAUUUGUUGUGGUUUAUUUUAACGACAUUCUAGUGUAUAGCAAGAAUAUUGAACAGCAUCUGUUGCACCUUCAUCAAGUUCUUGAGAAACUUCAGGAGUAG